AUGGACGUGCCCUCGACCGCAUUCAAUGUUUAUCUUUACGCGCAGAUGGCACGAGUUCAUCGCGAUCUCAACUGGGCGAUUGUACAUCGGCAGGAUAGCGUUCUGAUUGAGGGGUUAAAAAAAGAGAGCGACCGGCUUCAAAAGCAGAUUGAAGCAUCUGUGGCAAUGGAUCGAGAUUACAACCAGCUGUUACAACGCGAGUACAUAGCACAUUCCAUCACCCGUGACGAACUUAGAAUGGAAAGAAAAUUCCUCGUCGAGGCCACGGAAGCCAACGCAAAAUUGAACCAAGCCUUUGAAAAGGAGCAAGAACGUCAUCGAAAAACUGCUGCGGAGUUGGAACGCGUACGGCGUAGCGUGGUCGAUAUAAUGCAGCUUGAGGAGCACACUCAGUGCGAGCUGAGGGAGGUAGCCUGCUGGGUUACCGAUGUUAUUCUUCGGGCCAAGUUGGAGCUUGAAGAACGGUAUAGAGAACCGAUGAACUAA